CUCUCUCUCUCUCUCCCUCUCUCCAUCCAUCGUUACCAGGACGUGAUCCGCCACUGCCGUCGGCACACAGAGAGGGGUCGGUUAUUUGCGAGAGAAAAAAAAGAAAUCCCCCAGAAAAAAAGGGGGGGAAAAAAAAAAGUGUUUUUUUUUUAAAAAACCACUGGAGGCGUCAUCCAUGGGAAUAAAGACUGAGAGGAGAGGAGGGCGAGAAGAGAGCCGGAGCCCGACGCUGAGUUUGAGCUGGGGAUUGCAAGUCUAGAUUUUCCAACUUUCUUCUUCAUUCCGCCUCUCUUCCUGUGCGAUAUACACUGUGCAUCAAUCCUGGACCCCAAAGAGUUAAAGAUGACACGGGAACAGUAUAUUCUGGCAACGCAGCAUAACAACCUACAGAGACCUGAAAGUCAGCAAGUCUUUCAAGUAGGAAUUUAUGGGUGGCGGAAGCGGUGUCUGUACUUUUUUGUCCUUCUCCUCAUGGUUACAAUGAUUGUCAAUCUUGCACUGACCAUAUGGAUCUUGAAAGUAAUGAAAUUCUCUGUGGACGGGAUGGGAAACCUGAGAAUCACAAAUCAGGGUGUUCGGCUGGAAGGCAAAUCUGAGUUCCUUCUUCCGUUGUACGUCAAAGAAAUUCAGUCAAGAAAGGACAGCCCACUGAUGUUGCAGUCUGACAGAAAUGUAACCGUGAAUGCACGCAAUAACCUUGGACAGAUUACAGGGCAGCUGACAGUCGGUUCACAUGCAGUGGAGGCUCAGGGCAGAAGGUUUGAAAUAAAAACAGAAGAUGGCAAGAAGGUGCUGUUUUCUGCAGAUGAAAAUGAAAUCAGUAUUGGUGUUGAAAAGCUACGAGUGACAGGUCCAGAAGGUGCAGUAUUUGAACAGUCAGUGGAAACACCACAUGUCAGAGCUCAACCCUCACAAGAACUCAAGCUAGAAUCUCCGACCCGGGCUCUGACAAUGGAAGCCCCAAAGGGAGUGCAUAUUGCUGCUGAUGAAGGGGAAAUCAAGGCCACCUGUAGACGAGAUCUCCAGCUCCAGUCUACGGAUGGGGAGAUAUUUUUAAAUGCAAAAACAAUCCGACUAGGAAAUAUCCCACAGGGCUCUGCCUCUACUUCCUCAACCCCACAUCAGACUGUCUAUGAAGUGUGCGUCUGCCCCAAUGGCAAACUCUUUCUGUCUCCAGGGGAAGCAGGUUCCACAUGCCAGUCAAGCAGCAACAUUUGUUUGCGGAUUUAA